ACAAUGAGCUCAACACAGAAGGACCAACAUGGAGCGAGAAGUCAGCGCUCUCAGGAGGCCGACAAACCUCACAGAAGAAAGAGAGAGAAAACAUACACCUGUGACGAGUGUGGGAAGGAUUUUACUGUGAAGGAUGAACUAAAACAUCAUCAGGUCAUCCACACUGGAGAGAGACCAUUCAGCUGUGACUUGUGUGGAAAGUCUUUUUCCAGGAAGAGUUCCCUAAAAAGACACCAACUCAUCCACAGUGGAGUUAAAGCGUACAGCUGUGAUCAGUGUGGCAGAGCUUUUACUCACAGUAGCAGCUUACAGAUUCAUCUAGCUACCCACUCUGGAAUUAAGGCAUACAGCUGUGACAUCUGUGGAAAAACUUUCAGCCUAAGAGGAGCCCGAAAUAGACACCUACGCAUUCACACCAGACAUGAUGUGUACUGCUGUGAACAGUGUGGCAAAUACUUUGCUACAGACGCACAGUUACAACAACACAUGUUUACCCACACUGAGGGACGACCUUAUAAAUGUGACCUGUGUGAGAACACUUUUAAAUCUCCACAUCACCUGAGACGACACCAACAGAUCCACACCAGAAAGAGACUCUACAAGUGCAUUUACUGUGAGAAGCAGAGCGACACAGAUGGAUCCAGUUCUCAACCCUGUCAUCACUGUGGUGGUGGGAAAGAGUUUCGUUGUGACCUCUGUGGAAAAACUUUCAGUUGGAAAGUUGACUUAAAAAUACAUCAACGUAGACACACUGGAGACAAACUGAAAUACUGCAAAGAAUGUGGGAGAAGCUUCACCACAUCAACUGAGGUAAAACGACAUGAACUGAUUCACAGUGGGGUUAAAAAGCUCCUCUGUGAUCAGUGUGGGUCAUCCUUCACCACUGCAGGUCAGCUUAAAACACACAAACGAGUCCACACAGGAGAGAAACCAUACAAGUGCAGACGGUGA